AUGCGCUUCGAUGAGUCUACGCCACCUGCACCGGCGGAAAAUGCUGGACGUGAACCGGUAUCGGAGCAGACGCCUCUCCUGGCUAAUCAACCCCAGCCAGCGGUCGAGGAUGAGGAGCCAAGCACAAAGCGACUGCUCUUAGUUUUGUGUAGCGUAUGGGUGGGAGUCUUCCUUGCAGCACUUGACAUUACUGUUGUUGCUACUUUGACGGGACCGAUAUCGUCUUCGUUCAAAUCCCUAUCCCUGCUAUCUUGGCUGGCAACGGCUUAUUUGAUUUCCACUGCCGCUUGCCAGCCGCUAGCCGGGCGUCUGACGGACAUCUUUUCCAGGAAGGCUGGGUUGAUUUUCUCUAAUGUGAUCUUUGCGGCGGGUAAUAUUAUCUGCGGUCUUGCCCAAGCCCAAUGGACUAUUAUCCUGGGACGGGUUAUUGCUGGUAUCGGAGGUGGGGGUCUAACUGUGAUAGCCACAUUUGUCACCUCAGAUUUGAUUCCGUUACGGAAACGCGGAGUCUGGCAGGGAAUCGGCAACAUUUGCUUUGGCGUCGGCAGCGGGCUAGGCGGCGUAUUUGGUGGUUGGAUUAACGACACGCUGGGGUGGCGGUGGGCCUUCCUGAUCCAGGUUCCGUUUAUUGUGGUGUCUGCUAUCUUGGUGGCCUUGACCGUCAAAGUUCCUGUGAAAGACACGCAAAAGGACAAGCUCAAGCGCGUUGAUUUUCUUGGUGCUAUCACGCUAGUUAUCACCCUUGUUCUGUUGCUUCUCGGUCUCAAUACCGGAGGAAACCAAUUACCAUGGACACACCCUCUUGUUCUCACGACGCUUCCACUUUCUGCUGUUGCGCUGGGCUUAUUCGUCUAUAUCGAAGCGAGCGUCGCAUCCGAACCCGUUAUCCCGGUCCGUCUGUUGCUUGAUCGCACUGUGUUAUCGGCAUGUCUGACCAAUUGGUUCACUACGAUGAAUGUUUUUGGGCUUCUUUUCUACGUUCCGAUAUUCUUCCAAGUCCAAGGCAUGUCUACUACUGCCGCUGGAGCGAGAUUGAUCCCUCAAUCUAUCGGCAUCUCCAUCGGGUCGCUGGCAUCAGGCGCCCUCAUGCGUUUAAGUGGCCGCUAUAAAAUGUAUAGUUACGUCACUAUGCUACUUCUGGUGGUUGCGUCGGCCUUGAUCUGUACCUUGCAGCUCAGCACCCCAACCUCUCUCCCUUUUCUUUACUUCUUGCUAUCUGGGAUAGCUUACGGAGGGAUUCUCACCAUAACCCUAGUUGCGCUUAUCUCGGCAGUGGACCAUGACCAUCAUGCGGUUAUCACUUCCGCGUCCUACGCAUUCCGUAGCACUGGCAGCUCAAUCGGUAUCACCAUUGCGUCCUCCGUCUUUCAAAACGUUCUCAAAACUGGACUCUGGUCGCGCUUCGGUGACCGUGACAAUGCCCGAGAGGUGAUUGGCCGCCUCCGUGACAGCCUUGGAGAGAUCCAAAAAGCACCAGCAGAUUGGAUACCUGGUGUUGUGGAUGCGUAUAUGGACUCGUUGCGUGCUACAUUCAUCACCUUGCUUGGUAUUGCUAUCCUUGCAGCGUUGGUCAGCAUUGGCAUGCGGGAACAUAGGUUGCAUUCGAACUUGGCGCGAACGGAGGAGUAG